CCGCGGGCGACGGCGGCGGCGGUAGUCAUGGGGGUGGUCGUGGGGCGGCGGAGACGCUGGGGGGUGCCGGUGCUGCUUUUGGCUUACCUAGGUUACGUGGGGCUGGGAGCCGGCGUGCUGCAGGCGCUGGAAAGGCCGGCCGAGGUGCGGGCAGCCCGGCGGCUCAUCCAGCAGCGCUGGGAGCUGCUCGCCAACCACACCUGUCUGCAGGGGCCCGCCCUGCAGCGGCUCAUCCAGGGUAUCAUCGAAGCCUACAAGAGUGGUGUAACCAUCCAGGGAAACACCACUAGCCUGGGCAGGUGGGACUUCAGUGGGUCCUUCUUCUUCUCCAUCUCUGCAAUAACAACCAUUGGCUAUGGGAACCUAAGCCCCAGCACUGCAGCUGGUCGAAUUUUCUGCAUCUUGUUUGCACUCUUUGGGAUCCCCUUGAACCUUGUCCUCAUGAAUGAAAUCGGACAGCUGAUGUUGUUAGGGGUUCAGCGUAGUGCCCAUCACCUAGAGGAGAUGUUUCACUGGAAGAUAAAAGCUGCCCUGCUGAUGAAGACCUGUGCACUAGUAAUGGGGUUGUUAUUGUUCCUCCUGCUACCUCCCUUGUUGUUCUCUAACAAAGAAGGAUGGACUUAUGAAGAAAGUUUCUACUAUUCCUUCAUUACUCUCAGCACUAUAGGAUUUGGAGAUUAUGUGAUUGGGAUGAACCCAGACCGCACCUAUCCAAGCUGGUACAAGAAUGUAAUCUCUCUUUGGAUCCUCUUUGGGAUGGCCUGGCUUGCACUGAUUAUCAAAUGUUGCAUCAACUUACUGGAGAGCUCCAGUGACUUCUGUCAGUGCAACAGGAAGAGCAUAGAGUUGUUAGAAGAUGUAAUGGAUGAUGACAAAAAGAAUAUGACAGGACUUCACAGUGUGGAGACCUGCAAUGGCAAAGACACAAAAGCAGGAGGACCAGGUGGAUGUCACACCCACACAGAUUCUACGGAAGCACUUUAGAGGAGAAACAUACCUUUGGUGUCUCUCACAUUCCAAUACACCAGAGAUCACUGCUUAGAAAUGUGGGAAUGGAGCUGCCCUGAUGAUCACACUGGGAUGCAAACCUGCUUGUUGAGUGUGAAAUGCUUCUAUUCUGAAUUGAAAAUGGCAGCAAAGUAUCUCAUUUGUAGCACCACCAAGAAUUACCAAGAAGACUCUUGACCAACCAAAAGUAGAUUUUUUUCAGAGAUAAUACCUACAUUCCCACCUCAAUAUGAGGUAAACUUUGAUAUCUGCACCAGCACUGCCCACUGUCUUUUUCUUUGCAAACAAAGUUUGUGUAGCCUCCAACUGUAUAUAUGGUAUUUUGCAAAUAUCACAACUAGAAAAGGAAGCAUAAUUUAAUGCAGAAAGCAAAUUGUAUGUUGCCAAAAGGCUCAGUGGAAAAAUAUUCUUUUAAACAAGCUGGCAGUCACUACAAAUGAGCACCAUCACUAUGUGUUUGUGCUUGCCAAAGGUGGUAAUAUAUUUUUGCUAUCAGAUCAUUUGUACAUGAAUAGCAAUAAGGCAGAGAUUGUAGAGGUGCUUAAUAGAAAUUGAAUGUUUCGUUUUGUUAGGGAAAUUUCUACUUCAGAGGUCCACUAAUAUUAAAAAAGAUAGUAGGCAGUUAGUUGUUUUUUUUUUUUUAUUCCAAAACUUAUGCAGGAUCAUUCUUUGAAAGUAUUAUGUAGACUAGAUAUCAUCUAAAUGCAACAUUUCACUUGGAUGCAUUUUUUUUCUUUUUCACAUUUUGGAAGUUGGAAAAGGAAGAAGAGGCAAGAGCUGCUUUAAUCAAAAAACAAACUUAAGUGCCUUCAACAUGAUCAGGAGAGAUGCUCUUAUCAGGAGCUUCAGAUGACAUAAAUGAAUACUGUAUUUGCUUGUAUAGGUAUUUUUAUAAGCACAACUGUAAUGCAAAGCCUGAUCAUUUGGCACUUCUGUCAAUCAUGAACUGAAAAGUUUUUAAAAUUUCCUUAAGUUCUCAGAAAUUUUGAAAAAUUAUGCCAUUUUAAGAGGCCCAACAGCGUCUAACUCCUGCUGCCAUUCAUAUACUGAUAUCUGUCUUGUUUUCUUAUUCCUGUUACGGUAUUUGCAUCUGAGAGCAAGUAGCAUGACUAACUUUGAAGGCUUGACCACAGGAGUAAACCAGAAGGAAGCAUUUGGGUGAGCCUAAGCUUCUGCAUUGGUCCAAGAUCUUCACAUAGAGAGAAGAAAGUGGACAGAAAGCAUAAGCUGUUGGAUCAUGAUACCCAUGAAUUAGGAAUAUACACAACUGGGCUUCCAGCAAUGCAGUGAGUGAAAACUUUGGUCUUCGGGAAGACAAGUUCUGGAAAAGUUAUCAUGAGAAAAAUAGUUUCCCAAGUAUGCCAGUCUGAGCUUCAGUAUGUUGUGGAAUUGAUUGUAAAAGAAAAUGCAAGAAAGGAAUCUGCAAGAUCAAACUAAGACUGUCAGCCUUUUUGUCAUCAGCUUUUUACCAACUCUGUAGUGAUAAAUGUUCUCUCAAGUACUUUUUCAAUAGACAGCAAGAGGUAAGAAAGGAAAUUAGCUGAAAUUUGAAGUUGUAGUUGGGAAAUUGAUGCACAAUAAAUAAAACUGAUUUUUUUUAAAAAAACAUUGGAUAAUUCCUUAACAGCUUUCUGCGAAAUCUUUUCUGCUCUCCUAUGUUUGUUCUCCUGUGUUUUGUUUUGUUUAUUUUCACUGUUGGAUGUGUACAAUUUAGUUUUUACUAAUGUUCAUAAUGGGUUAGCCCACAGUAAGGCUGAAGUACAGUUUUUAAACCUAAGUGAGUCACAAUUGUACAACAUAAAAUGUGAUACUCUUUUGCAUCACCUUCCAGGUGCAAAACUCAGCAAAUAUUUCAUUUCAUAAAAGCCAGAUGUCCAGGGGAUAAUAGGAGUUUCUGCUGUCAAGGAUGAGGAUGGCUGUGCUAAAUCUAUUUAAGGUUUAAUUUGGAAUGUCACAGCUCUGGGGAUUUUUACCAACUCUGCUCUUGCAUUAAAAGACUUAGCUUGAGAAGAGUUUCCUCUAUUCAAUUUAAAUGUCUAUUAUAUUAAUCCCAUGUAUUUCAAAACUAUGGUGUGUUUAUAGAGUGUGAGUGAGGUGUUCUAAAGUUCUCUAGAGAUUUGGGCACCCCAUGCCUACUGAAGUUUAAACAGCUGCAUGCCUUAGGACAGCUAAUAUCGCUUCUGAGAGCUGAAAGGAGAAAGAACUUCAGAAGUAGUCCUGAAAAAGGAAAAAACAUUCUUCAUAGAUCUUAGUGCUUCCACUGUAUGUUAGGGUUCAUCAACAAACCUAAGUAUGGGGCUGAGUCUCAACAUGAUUCAAUAUCUGUACCAGCAAACCUUACUGAUUCACUUCCUUCCUCAGCUGUACUGAUCUAUUACCCAACAGCUUCCCCAUGAGCGUAGUCCUGCCACAAACUCUCUGAUACAGCAUACCUAGUGGGAGGAGGCUUACCUGAACUGCUAAUUGAUCUUCCAGAGCUCCAAGCUGCC